UCUGCUUUCCCGCAGCAGACCCCCCUCGUAACCAUGCACGCCCCCCAGCAUGUGCCUCUCGCCGCGGCCCAAGGCUUCGAGCACGACAGCCACCCGCCCCGCCAGGGCAGGCUCUUCCCUAACCUCCCCGAGGGGCCGGCACCCUCGCCCCGGGGACGCGGCUUCCAGGGCCAGGGCGUGCCCCUCGAGCUCCGCGGCGUGCCCGUGCAGGCCGCCAUGACCGUGGAGGUUGAGGGCCGCGACGGACCCAUCGAGAUGGAGGGCCGCUCCCUCACGCCCCAGCAGCUGCAGCACCUCGAGCAGCUCCACCAGCUGCAGCAGAUGCAGCCCCAGGACGGCUCCGGCCCCCAGAUCCUUCCGAUCGAGGUGAUCGAGGCGCGUGCCUUCCAGCACCCCCAGGACAUGCAGCAGGCCCAGCAGCCCCAGGGCCCGCCCGCGCCCCUGCCCGCCGACACCCUGCGCCCACCGUACCAGAGGACCCCCAUCCACGCCGUGCCCCCGCAGGAGGAGGAGCCCAGGCCGCACUACGUGCAGCCCCGGUCCGUCCGCAGCGUGGACGCCCUGCUGCACCGUGAGAAGCGUGUCCGCCGCUGCGCCUGCGACUGCAACUGCUAGGCAGGCCGCCGAGCAGCUCGCCGCCAGGCAGCCCCGUGAUAGACCUGGCCGCGUGUGGCGGCCGCCCUGGAACCACGCGACGCGCCGAGGAGGACCCCUGGAGUUGUCCUCCCCCAACCCACCCCACGCGCCCCUACCACCAUCAGACUAACUCCAUCCGAAGAAGAAAAAUUUUCGCUUUACGAGUUACCGUUUUUUCCUUCGCUGUUAUUGCCUACAGCUGUUUUAAUAGCUAUUUUCGCAAUUAUAUUGUCCGCGCUGCCGAACCGUGUUGCGAACCUGACUGUGUUUUUGAAGAGGAGGGGAAAAUGUGAUAAAAGAUAAAUUUUUGAUCGAUGAUCAGCAGAGUACCGAGUCAUGUGAACAAAGAGUCUGAGUGAAAGAAGAGAGCCGAGUUGAAAAUAAUUGUUUAAAAAGU